AUAAAUCACAGUUCUCAUCCAACAGGACACAUGGCUCUUUUAAAGAAAGUUAACCAGAUCUUACUGUUACUUCUUGUCUUAACCGUGUGCGCUAUUUUGUAUAGCAAAGUUCACCAAGUGCCCUUGGCAUUAAGAAAUGAAACAGUGGAUUUGGAGAACCCUGAGGAAAUGGGGGAAGAAAUCCCAGUGGUGAUCUGCGCUGCUGCAGGCAGGAUGGGUGCAGCUGUAGCAGCAAUCAGCAGCAUCUACAGCAACACAGAAGCCAAUGUUUUAUUCUACAUCAUUGGGCUGAAGACAACCAUCCCACACAUUCGAAAAUGGAUUGAAAAUUCUAAACUGAAAGAAAUUAAAUUUAAGGUUGUGGAAUUCAAUCCUAUGGUACUAAAAGGAAAAAUCAGACAAGAUGCAUCACGUCCUGAGCUACUGCAGCCUCUGAACUUUGUUCGAUUUUAUCUUCCUUUGCUUAUCCAGAAGCAUGAGAAAGUAAUAUAUUUGGAUGAUGAUGUCAUUGUUCAAGGUGACAUCCAGGAACUCUACGAUACUAAGUUAGCUCCUGGACAUGCAGCAGCUUUUUCAGAUGAUUGUGAUCUGCCUUCUACACAUGAAAUUGUUAGAAGUGUAGGGAUGCAGAAUACAUACAUGGGAUUCCUGGACUACAGAAAGCAAGCCAUUAGAGAUCUUGGCAUCAGCCCCAGCACCUGCUCCUUUAAUCCUGGAGUAAUUGUUGGUAACAUGACUGAAUGGAAACAUCAACGGAUCACACAGCAAUUGGAAAAGUGGAUGCAAAGAAAUGUAGAGGAAAACCUCUAUAGCAGUACCCUUGGGGGAGGUGUGGCAACCUCCCCAAUGCUGAUUGUAUUUCAUGGAAAAUAUUCCUCUAUUAAUCCUAUGUGGCACAUAAGGCAUCUUGGUUGGAGUCCUGAUGCCCGUUACUCAGAACAAUUUCUUCAAGAAGCUAAAUUACUUCACUGGAAUGGGAGAUACAAACCUUGGGACUACCCCAGUGUCCACACUGAUCUCUGGGAAAACUGGUUUAUUCCUGACCCCUUAGGGAAGUUCAAAUUAACUCGUCCUGACAGCUGAUACUGAAAUACUGCAUAACAUAGUGUAUGGGACGCAUUUAAUAGUUUGAGAUGCAACAUGUUGUAUGAUUGGUUGAUUUUAGAAAACAAAGUAUUUGUUAAAAAUAUGAAUAACUGACCAUCAGUUUUCUGUGCUUAUGGCAGCUGAGGGAGGCUGGAGUGACCAAUACACAGUUCAGAUUAUCUUGACUCUCACGUAAGGUGAGGAAACAUAUGUAUUUGACAAUGAAGUAUUUUCAUUAAACACUUACAGAGGUGAAAUUCAGUGUUAGAAAGAGUGCUUUAAUUUAAGGUCUUUCUAAGUAAGAUUCCAGUGUCUUCUAAUAGGAAAAAAUCUACACAGGAGAUAGCUGCGGUGUUAUGUACAAGAAGUGUUUAGUUAUCUAGCCCACAUUAAACAGCCUGAAUUGAA